GCGGGCUGGCGUGCUGGGAUCUCGGGGGGGCAGGACGCCCCCGCCUCCUGCGGAGCUCUCAGCCAAAAAGAUGCUCUGAACUGCAUCAGAAAUUUGUCUUGAUGGUUAAAAGAUUAAGAAAUUAUGAGUGGAAGAUCUCAAGUCCACAUUUUUUGGGGUGCUCCAGUUGUUCCACUGAAUAUGACGGUAUCCCAAGGAACAACUUCCUCAAAGCCCACUGCUGCCCCCUGGAAGGAAAUGCAGCUUUUAUACAAUCAGGGUUCUUUCCAUCUGAAUGAAAACCAUGAGCUCCAAGACCUGAAAGAUAAUCAGAUCCUGGAAGCUGCAGGACUUCCAAGCCUUCUUAGUGGCCAUCUUUUAGAGACCUCCAUGUAUAGAUCUGUUCUGUUGAAAGAUGACCGUCUACAUUGCACACAGAACGUAAAAUCCCAGGAGAGUCCCCCCUCGGGCCCCAGUGAUGAGGCUUGUGGAUUUAAAAGCAUCGUUCAGCAUCUACCUGAAGAAGAAAUAUUUCAAGAGCUUCACUGUAAAAAUAAGAACAUUAUAGGUGAACAGCCCCCAAAUCAGUCAAACAUAUGUGGCCAAAACUUUCAAACAAAUUCCUUUCAGUUAAAUCAUAAAUGUGCAGCUAUGUUGGAUUUGGCCUGUGGUACUGAACAGAUUAACAUUGAGCCAGAAACUACAGAAACAAAGAGUGUGCCAACAGAACACCAUGGAAUACAAAACCAGCCUGGGACAUGGUCUGAAGGAGCAGUCAAGAAAACCUCCAAUCCAGGAGUAUCUACUGACACGGAGUUUCUCAGUAUAUUGACUUCUAGUCAGGUUGCUUUUUUAGCCCAAAAGAAGGAUACAGGCAAGGAGACUAUAAAUAAAGGCAUCAUAAAUAUGCAGAUUGAAUCAAAACCAGGUCCUGGGGUCUUAGGAACAACUGCCACUAAUCUGAUUCAGCCAAAUGGUUUUGCAGAAGGUUGUGAAAGUAGGCAGAACCAAGCCUGUUCUGGAGAACUUCUGAGCCGUGUUUGUCCUGAAACAAAAAAUAGCCUCGUUCACAUCAGUCCUGCAAAAGGUCUGAAAGAAAAUUUGGGAUCUGAAGAACUUUACAGUUCUGAUGAUGAGCUGCCACCGAAUGAGAUACACAUUGAGCUGUGUAGCUCAGGGUUCCUGUGUUCCCAACUAAAUGCUUCCCAUCAAAGUGCUACUGAACAAAAAUGGACUUCUAAAGAUAAAUUGGACCACCCCAGUGCUCGGUCUAAAGUACUCCCAGUGCCUAAGAAGCCGAAGUUAGAUUCUAAUGCAGGAGAGGCAGCUGGAGCAACGUGUCAGAGGAAUGUGUCUGCACUUAAGAAUAUUAAAAAAAUAACAUUAAUCAAAAAUUGUGAUUCUAAAAGUCACAAGUAUAAUUGUUUAGUUAUGGUGCUAGCUCCAUGUCAUGUGAAAGAAAUAAACAUAAAAUCUGGACCAAAUUCUGGUUCAAAAGUGCCUUUGUCAACAAUUGAAGUAAUUGACCAAUCAGAAAUUAAGAAGAGGGUUGUGUUGUGGAGGACUGCAGCAUUUUGGGCACUUACAGUAUUUCUUGGAGAUAUAAUUUUACUGACAGAUGUUACUACUCAUGAGGAUCAAUGGAUUGGUGAGACAGUACUCCAGUCAACAUUUACCAGUCAGUUAUUGAAUCUUGGGAAUUAUUCAUCUGUCCAGCCUGAAAAAUAUUUCAGUACAGUUGGCAAUGUUGUGCUUCAGGACCUACUGGCAUAUGUGAGUUUACAGUACUCAUAUCUCAGAGAUCUUCCUCCCAGGCGACCUCAGAGAGUGAACACUAUAGAGUUUGUAGAAUUGGCACAGCUGCAACCUGAUAUCCUGGUCCAUGCUCUGCUAAGAGUGGUGGAUAUUACCAUACUGACAGAAGCAUUGUAUACUUACAGAGGACAGAAGCAAAGGAAAAUCGUAUUAACAGUGGAACAGGCCCAAGGGCAACAUUACACGCUUGUGUUAUGGGGUCCUGGAGCAGCCUGGUGCCCUCAACUUCAAAGGAAAAAAGAUUACAUUUGGGAGUUUAAGAAUCUUUUUGUUCAGCACAAUUGCAUAGUAGAAAACCUCGAACUGCAUACAACACCGUGGUCAACCUGUGAAUGCCUAUUUGAUGAUGACAGAAGGGCUGUUGCAUUUAAAAAAAAAUUUCAAAAAAGUGCACCUUCUUUGGUCAAGAUGUCAGACUUGGAGACCCACCUAAAGGAUAAAUGUUCAGGAGUAGUUCUGAUUAAAGCCCGGAUUUUAGAGCUGGUAUUUCUUAUCCCAGCAGCUCAGAAGAUAGUCCUAAAUGCUCACAGUUCUUUGAAGAAUAUUUUUUCCUCUCUUCCUAAAAUUAUAUUUACUGGCUGUGCAAAAUGUGGAUCGGAACUAGAAACAGAUGAGAACAGGAUCUAUAGACAGUGUCUUAGCUGCUUGCCCUUUGUUGGGAAGAAAACAUACUAUCGGCCAGCUUUAAUGACUGUAGUCGAUGGAAGACAAAGUGUUGGCAUCCAUGUGGGAUCAAAGUUGAUGGAGAAGAUUCUUCUCAACAUCUCUCCAGACUGUCUCCACAGAAUGAUAGGUAGCAUAUCAGCACACCAUGGAAGGCUCCUUGUGAGAUCAUUAAUUCAAUAG